AUGUCUCUGCUGAAAAUCCCCAUUAUCAUCAUCUUGACCGUCGGGUUCAAGGUUAUGCUAACACCACCCCAACCUCCUCCGACAGCAGAGGAGGUUGUUCCCACCUCAAAAACCGAUUUCCAGGCUUUGAGACUGUACAGGCUUCAGUUCGCCCGCCUUGGACAGAUUAUACUAGCUGCAGUCGAGAUAUCAGCUCUAUUUGCACAUGCCGGUCCUAUCAUUUCAAACUCGCAGAAAGAGCUGGCAAUGUUCCUGAUGGGUGGCCGUAAUCCAGACAGACUUUACCUAAGUCGAUUUGGCGCUUUUGGUGCCAUCCUAAGUAUAAUGGGGGCGGCCAUACGCAUCCGCGCAUUUAGGGACUUGGGUCGCUUCUUCCGUUUCCAAAUCAGCAUCCAAAAAGACCACCAGCUGAUAAAGACUGGGCCAUAUGCUUAUGUCCGUCAUCCUAGCUACACUGGAUUGACACUCGCCACUGUUGGGUGGUUUAUAUAUCACUGCUCAGAAGGGUCUUGGCUCAGGGAGUCUGGACUGCUCGAAACUCCAAUUGGGCUGGCGGCGUUCACGGCAUACCUAAUCCCAACAAUACUUCACAUGCAGAUAAUCACGCUUUCGAGGAUGUCGAAUGAAGACGCCGCGUUGAGGGAAAAAUUUGGCCAUGAAUGGGACGCGUGGGCUAAAGAUGUUCCAUACCUUCUGAUACCAGGGAUUUACUAG